UCCAAUUGUUUCUGACAUUAGUGAACGCAGCACCUGUUAGCGCGGCUACGUUAGCAUUGAGCUAGCGAUGCUAACUUGAUUACUAGCCUGUGCGCAGACAAAAAAAAGGCGCUUUACUCAGUGACAAACGGGGGCUCACUCGGUCGUUACUCGUGCGAAUGGACGCCAACCAGUGUGUUCUGUCGGCAGCCAGGGCCGUCCUGGACUUGGCGGAGCGGGAGUGGCAGCCCCUGUCGGAGGCCGAGCUGGAGCAGCGCUUGGACCAGGCAGUGGAGGAGAUAUUUGAGGCGGAACUGAUACAUAAAGUCAAACGUCUGCGUCAGUCUGACAUUUGUGUGACAGCACGGCCGAUAGAAACUAAUAUGCUGCCUCAAGUUUCACAGGCUACUACUACUACUGCCGCUUCCCGGGAGGAAGUGGCGGUAGAACGGCCAAAGCAGUGCGAUAACACUGUGGAGGAGACUGCUGCAGUCAAGUACAUUACAGCUGUCCUUCAGGGCUGCAAAUCCAGGUUUCCCAUGACGGGCCGGGCACGCUUGGCCCUGUCCCAGACGGUUCCGCUGUGCCUCACCCUGCUCUCCGAGCGCGUCAGCUACCGUGCCUUGUCUCGCCAUUUCCACUUGGAGAAAGGAAACAUCCAUCGCAUCUUCUUUUACUUCUGCCAGUGUGUCAACAUGCUGGAGGAGAAGCACAUCUGUUGGCCAGUGGGAAGCGAGGCAGAAGAUAUCCUCUUCCCGCUCUCCGGAGGGAAUGACAAAGGAGGCCCGUGUGUUCCUCGAGUGCUAGGAGUGCUGGGACACACACGGAUUCCCGUCAGGCUGCCGAUAGGGAAACACGACGUGGAGAGCACACAGCCGGAGGCAAAGAGGAUGAAGAAGGCGGAGCAUCCUGACUCUUGGCUCCACCUGGAGCUCGUGUGUGACCGUGCAGGACGCUUCCUCCACUGCAGGAUCGGCAAAGGCCAGGACACAGACAGAGGCGUCACUCUCAGUAACAAACUCAAACGGGACCUGAUGACUCCCGGCUCUGUGCUGCUGGCCCGGGCAGGCUACCCGCUAACUGCUCACAUUUUAACACCCUACACUGGAAGUUGCAGGCCGAGAGAAGAGCUGUUAAACGCCACACUGGAGCCGCACCUCCGGAUUCUGGAUCAGGCUGUCGCCAACCUCAAGGCCAGAUUCCAAAGACUCCUGUGCCUGGAUAUCGGGAACUACAGCCGAGCCCGAGCUGUGGUGCUGACUGCCUGCGUGCUCCACAAUAUCCUCUUGAACAUAGGCGAUGUGGUUCACGGAGAAGCUGGAGAGGAGGAAGUUCUAAAUGAAGAGGGUGAGAAAGAUGAGGAAGGUGUACACCAACGGGAUGCCAUUGCAGAACUUUUAUGUUCUCAAAGCUCAUGAAGAUACAAUAAAUGUGUGCGGAUGA